AAGCCUUCAACAGCAUUUGAUCAUUGGAUGCAGCUCAAUCUUCCAAUUCCUGAGGAUCCAAAAUAUUUGUCUGUCCACGUGUUUUUCGUUGAUCCGGAAAAGAAACCACUAAAGGUAAUUUUUGGUUAUUCGUUUUGUUUUAAACUCUCGCCUGGCGGAUAGAUCAGAAAAUUAUGCACUUUAUAAUGAAGGUAUCAAAUUUUGCGCAUUGAUAGCAUUUCAUAUCAUGGUUGCGACAAAACAGCGUUUUUCAUAAAAUUGUGAAAAUAAAUCUCUGAUAUAAGUCUCGGGAAUAUAUAUUCAAAAAAGGUGAAAUUUCAAGUUCACUUUUACUAGAUAUCACCUACAUCGUUAGAAAUGUCACGAAAACUGUAUAUACAACAUACAAGUGAUUAUGGUAUAAUUUUCCAAGUCAACCAAAUUUGAGGUAUUAACGCUCAAAUAUAUAUGAAGAAAAUGCAACGAAAUACCACAAAAUUUGCUUUUUCGCACGUUUAUUUAACAAUUAGUCAACGAAGCCGAGUUGACUAUUCGUUCAGAGACAACGAGGCUGAGUGAAAGUACGAAUGGAAAACAUAAUUGUUGGAUAAACAUGUAUUCAUUCAUCAGAGAAAGUCUGUCCUCUGGCACGUGUAUACAAUGUCUUGCACGAGAAAUCAUUAAAACCCAAACUCUUUGUUCUUUUCAUAUUCGAAGACCAACUUUAUAAUACAAACUCCCAAAGGAAGUCAAAUACGCUUUCGAACGUUCUUAAAUCUUUCAUGCUUAUUUUGCUUCCCACACUUGCAGAACUAGUAUGGUUCGAUGCUGAAUUGAUAUAAACGAGUAUGUUUAUGACAUUCAGUAUAUAGUUCAUAAUUUCCAGUCUUAAAUCUGUCUGACCGUGUAGCUCAAUUGGUAGAGCGUCGAUCUAGUAAUUCGAAGGUCGCGCGUUCAAGACCCAGCCGCGGCAGACAAUGUCUUUCUGCUUAUGGAAAUUAUGAAAUACACACUCGAGAACAUUUUCAACUUUGUUUCGGCGGGAUAUAUUGUAUUUUUCUGAAGCCAUGGCUCGUGACCACAAAUCAACCAAUCACGUUUGGUGUUUAACCUAUAGCUAUAUAUAACAAAGGGAUUUAUUACGUAAUUUUCUUUUGAGAACUCUGCUCUUUCGUAACCGUGAGCAAAUCUGAGAUGCCUCCAUAUCUAAAUAUAUUUGUCGCAUCAUAUGCUAUUAAGAGGGCGUCUCUGUAAGAGCGGACCACUCGAUCUGGGCUUCAAAAAUAGAUUUCUCUUAUAUUUCUACCGUCGAUACUCUCAUCUAUCCUAACUGCGAAACUGGAGUUAAGAUCGUUCUAACGUGGUUUUUACAAGUGCUGUAUGAGUUUUGGUCCCGCGGGACCCAAGUUAAUUAAAAUAUGCCGGUUUUCUGAAAUCGCCGAAGCCUACAAUCACAGUCCGCUUUCUCUAUUUUCCCUGCUAAUCGGAGCUUCGCUUUCGUGUCUGAGCUGCCCGAGAGUGCUCUUUCUACUAAGAAACAGUAAUAUAUAGCUGUUUAGUUGCACCUGGCAAAUAAAAAGAUUUUAGUAAUCGAGAUCCUUCAACGCAUGUGAUGUCAAAUUCGAGAAUUGUAGGUCCUACUGUAAAUAUUACAUUUUAACCUUCCAAAGUAGGAGAAAAGGUACAAUGUCUGCAAAAAUAUGUAUCCCUUCAACAUUUGCUAAAUCCGUAUUAGAUGAGAGUUUCUGGCCUAAAUUUGUCCAUUGUAAACUAUGGCAGCAAAAAGAGCAUGUUCGAAAAUCAGGCUCGCACACUAGAAAUGAAAAUGCUAAGACCCAAAGCUGUAAGGGACCCCAUUCAACUCUUGUAUAAUGGCUAAUCACAUACCAGUACGAAUAUCAGCUAGAAAAUGUUUAGUAAAAGAAUCUAAACCACGCCAUGCCUGCAGAAACCUAAUUAAUGUUAAAAUUAUCGGACGUAGUGAAACCAGCAAACCUAGACAAAUUCGUAAAUGUUUAUUGUUUAGUGCUGAAUGCUAGAUCGCUAGUUAAGUCUGAUACUUAUCCUGCACUAUAUAUAUGCUGAACUUAAUAGCAACAACAUUGAUCUCUGUUUUAUAUCUGAAACGUGGCUUCAUUCAGCUAUACCAAGUUCACUGAUUUGCCCUCCUGGUUACGGUAUUGCCAGGAAAGAUCGAGAAAAUACACGUGGAGGUGGUGUAGCGAUACUUUGUAGGAAUGAUUGGAGAAUGGAAAACAUACUAGAAGUAGAAAAUGUGUUCGAAUGCAUCUGGAUGAGAAUAAUAACUAAAAACUCUGUGUUUAGUGUUGUGCAGCAAUUUAUCACCCCCCAGGCGAUUAUAGCUAUGACGCCAAAGAAUUGAUAGACUAUUUGAUUGAUUCUUGUGAGCAAAUUUUAUUGCGUGAUCCAAAUAUGAAUAUUAUUAUUGCUGGAGACAUAAAUAAACUAAAUAUCCAUGAUCUACUUAGCCAGCAAACUCUUAUUCAAAUGGUCAAAACACCUACGAGAUGCAGCAAUAUUUUAGAUGUUUUUAUAACUAACGUUCCGCAUUAUUGGAAAAAAGUACAAGUAAGAAAAGGUCUAUUAAGAUCAGACCAUAACAUUAUUAUAACAUCUCACAGAGUUGUAGACUCGAGUCGUGUGACUUGGACUCGAGUCGGACUCAUGUCGCAAUUUUUGUGACUUGUGACUUGACUUGUUAAAGAGACUGAUGACUUGUGACUUGACUUGGACUUGGACAAAAUGACUUGUGACUUGACUUGGACUUGCAAGAAAUGACUUGUUACCAACGCAGGUCAAACGUAAAUAUCUAUAGUGAAAAUCAAGUUUUCCAAAAUCUUUGUGUUGAUCGAUCGAUCGUCGUGUUGUACAAUUUGGGAAACGACCUUAGUACAUAUCAAUGGCAUCGACAGAAUUUGUGCCGGCGCAUUGUCUGACAAAGCGUUUUUUUCGCGAUUUCGUGGUAAAAUUUCUGCCAUAAAAUAACGGCGCCAUAUUUACAUAUUUUGCCGUUUUGCGUGGAAAAACAUGGCCACAUGUGGUGAUAAAAUGACUUGUGACUUGACUUGAAUUGACUUGCCACUCGGAAUGACUUGCGACUUGACUUGACUUCGAUUUAGACAAAAUGACUUGUGACUUGACUUGACUUGAACUCAGACCAAAUGACUUGUGACUUGACUUGGACUUGCAGGAAAUGACUUGUGGCUUGACUUGGACUUGCAACAUAGGAGUCGUUAACAACUCUGACAUCUCAGAAAGAUACUAUAAAAGCUGAAAGAACAAAUUUAUUCUUCAGAGACGUGCGAGACAAUAGAAAACAAAGAAUGUUUAAUGAUUUAGACUCUGUCGACUGGUCUAAAAUAAUAAACGAUGAGCUUUCCUCUGAUGAGAUGGCUACUCAAUUUUACGAGACUCUAUGGCCUAAAUUUGAAACUUGUUUUCCAUUAAUAAAAGUUCGAUCAUCAUCGCGUGACCCACCGUUCAUGUCUCCGCUUGUUAAACACUUGUUAAAAAAGAGAAAGCAAGCAAUGAAAACGAAUGAUGAAGAGACAAUUACUCGCUUACAGAAUCAAAUUAAUCGUCUUAUCCACUCCAACCAGGUUAAUGCUGUUAAAAAUGAGAAAAAUGGAUCUAAGAAAUGGUGGAGUAAAGUUAACAGCAUGACUGGAAGAAAAGCAAACACUUUACCAGUUAGUUGUAUAAUAGUGCCAAGUGUAAUAAACACUUACUUUCAAGGCAUAAAUACUGACCCUGAAUACACUGCUCCCCAGUUGCUGUCGAUCCCUAAGGACACCAGAAUCCCCUCGCUCUCAUUAGAUAUGGUGCACAAUUUUUUGCGAAAAUUGAAACGCACAACAUCGGGUCCUGAUGACAUACCAUACUGGUUUUGGAAGACAUAUGCAGAGAUAUUGACUCCUGUUAUAACGAGAAUAUUUAAUACUUCUCUGAAGAGUGGCAAGAUUCCGAAUGUUUGGAAACGAGCUGAUGUGAUACCCAGUCCAAAAGAAAACUCAAUUAAUUCAUGUUCCCAACUUAGGCCUAUCUCAUUAACAGAUAUCAUUAUGCGCCUAUUUGAGAAAUGUGUGUAUCAAAGUGAAGUCGCUGAUACAGUGUAUAAUUAUAUUGGGGAUGAUCAAUUUGCAUAUAAAAAGGGACAUAAUUCUACCAUGGCCCUAAUAAAAUAUCAACAUACAGUAUGUGGUUAAAAAGCCUUGAUGAAGGUGCUAAAUCAGAGUAAUCUCAUUUGACUUUAGUAAAGCAUUUGAUAGUGUCCCACACGAUAUAUUGUUUAAUAAAAUCAAGAAAAUACCCAUUAAUCCAUAUAUCAUAAACUGGAUGAUCGACGUUUUGAACAACCGCAGACAGAGAGUGAAAUUUGAUGGUGUCACAACUGAAUUUCUAGACAUUAAUCGUGGUACCCCAGGGUACUGUACUUGGGCCUAUAAUGUUUACUAUAAUGGUCAAUGAUAUCAAGGCGGUGAGUCUCUCCAAUGAUUUAUCCAAAUUUGCUGAUGAUAUUGCAAUAAUAGCACCAGUUUCUGAUUACGAAGAUUCAGCUGGGGAUGAAGUAGAAAACAUGAAGCUAUGGUCAAACGAGAAUAGAAUGUCUUUAAACAUGGAGAAAACCUAUGAAAUGGUAGUUCGCGGAAAAGUGCCCCUUCCGGAUCACAUCCCAUCCAUAAAACGGAAAGAAUGGCUCAAAUUAUUGGGUGUCACGAUGGAAGACAUACCUGGUAAAUGGGAUAAACAUUUCGAAGAGACGAUGAAAAAAGCUAGUAGAAGAAUGUAUAUUCUAAGGGUUUGUAAACACUACGGGCUCUCUACACAUCAAUUGGAUCUUCUCUUCAAUAGUCUUGUAGUCUCUCUUUUCACCUUUGUAGUCGAAGUUUGGGGUGGAGCAUCGUACAACAAAUACGUAAGUCAAAUUGAUAAGUUUGUCAAUCGUGCCUAUAGAAAUGGUUAUACAAGCAACAGAUCAGAUUUUAAAGCAACAAUAUCGAACAGAGACAAGAAAUUAUGGUCAAGAAUUAUAAAUGAUGAUAAGAAUGCCUUACGCAAUCUUUUACCUAGUAAGUUAAAUCGAACUUUACGACGGAGAGGUCAUGACUUUGAACUACCAAUUGUUAAAACUGAGAGGUUCAAAAACGCGUUUAUAAAUAGAUGACUUUUCAAUUUUAUAUAAACUAUAUAUCUAUAUUCUUAUACCUUAGAAUUUUAAAGUACUAAAAAUUGAUGUAAAUAACAGUAAGAAUCAAAUGUUUUAUUCUUAAUAUGUAAACUCAGACGUUUGAUUUGAGUAGCGAAAUAAAGACUUUUAUUAUUAUUAUUAUUAUUAAUUAAUAAUAUGCAUUCGUCCCAAAUUUUGUAUGAAAUUACAGUAUAUUCAAAAAUCAUUUUAUAAUAUAGUAGCAACUGCAAUGAAUCAGAAUAGGCACAAAUACUGGUUUAGAAUAUCAGAAAUAAAAUGACUCGUAUGAUUUGAGAAAUUAAUUUAUUAUUACGCUAAUGUUUUGAUGAAGUAUUUUUAUCUGGGAUAUAAUAUACGUAAUUUAUUAUAUGGCAAGCAUUUUUUUUUUAUGAAUUGCGCAAUUUGAUUGGCUGCUGACGAGGCAGGAUUUUACGCAAUUUUUAUUGCCGAUUAUUAUUGAUGAGCUUUGUGAAUCUGGUGCGGACAAACAGAAGAUGACCAGCUUAAAAACUGAGUUGAAUGACGGCAUGAAGUAUCUGAAAACGACGUUCAAAACGGAUUGCAUGGAUGAAGAAAGCGAGUGCGAUGACCACUGUAGGCGCUUUGCCUUAAGCGAUAUUGGUGAUAAGGAUUUUCAAAAACAGUGUUCACAUCCAUCACAUCAUAUAUCUUGCGAGCGAUGUAACGAACUAAGAUUGGUAGUAGAUGAAAUAGAAGCCUGCAUAAAGAAUCAUUCCAGUAAUCUUUAUAGCGAAGAACAACGAGAUGAUCUACUCUAUGACUUCAACACGUCUAAGACCAAAAUCUUUGCAUGGAAGUGCCAUAUUAUGCGAGGCGUAAACCAGGAACAAGCAAAACAAGAUGCAAUACGUAAUUUGUCAGACAACUCUGCCCUCAUUAUAAUUGACUGGGCGAUGAAGUUCAAUCAAAUGAGGUGCAGAGAAAAACAGAAGGAGUGGUAUGGAAAACGCGGGCUCAGCUGGCAUAUUAGCAGCGUGGUGACUUAUAACAAGACUUAUAAUCCAAGACUACUCGUGUUUUGUCCUAUGCACAUCUAAUUGACUCCUGCUCACAGGACUGGUUUGCCGUGACUUCUAUUUUUGAAAGCCUCCUAGAGCGUAUCAAAGUUGAUUUUCCAAACGUGAAAACGGUAUGUGUUCGUUCUGAUGAGGCAGGCUGCCACUACCAACUUCCUUGCAGCAAUCCAGGAUGUAAGUGAUCGUUCUGGAAUUGCGGUUGAACGCUACGACGUUUCUGAGCCUCAACAGGGUAAGGACGUGUGUGAUAGAGUUCUUUGCCCAAUGAAGGCAUCAAUCAGGAGAUACUGCGCUGAAGGGAACGAUAUUUUGAACGCGUCUGAUAUGAGGAAAGCUUUGGAAGAGAGGCCAGUUAAGGUUACAGGACACCCUUUUUGGCGUUUUGUGGAAAAUCGCUACUGCGCGCUCAAAAUUAGUCCGAUUUUCAUCAAAUUUUCACCAAAUGUCAGCAAGUGCAUGCAAAAUAUGAUAAAGUUGUAAAAUUGACAAACAAUAAAAUAAUGUAAGAAUUAUUCAGGAAAAUCUUAAGUCGCGGUACCCGUUUACGCUUUUGAGUUAUGUUCCUGCUGGUUUUAAGAUAUAUUUAUGAAAAUAUCAUUUUUAUACAGUAAAAUAAAAAAUUGUGUUCGGAAAUUUUUGUUUAUUUCGUCAUUCAGCUGAUAUGGCGAUUUCUUUGACGACUGCAAUAUAUUUCUGAAUCGUUUGCGUGAAUUGCUCAUUAUUAAAAUACAAAGGCGAGCACAAUUUUCCAACUGACUUAUGUCCUGUGAAAAUUUGAGAAAAAUUCGUUAAAACCCGCAGGAGCACAACUCGUUUAAAAAUCAGUAAUUGCCGUAAAAUUCCUCGGGAGAAAAUUGAAUUUGAAUAUUACAUUUUCAAUGUUUUUCUUAUUGCAAGCGAAAUGUAUUUUAUUAAAUAACUCUGCGAGUUUUCAACAUUUUUCGUCCAAACUUGGUCAGAUAGUAGAACUAGUCUAAUGCUUUCAUGGAAACCAAUAAAACAAUUUUAGGCAAAAUUAACACUCAAAGGUGUUCAGUAACCUUAAGGGGACACAGCAGCUGUCUGCACUUUAGAUGAAUCCAGUGAAAAUCUUAAAGUACUGAAAAUCAAAAACUUCAGUGAUUUGCAUAACUUUCAAUAUGAAAAAGAAGGAUUGCGUACCUGGAGAGCCUACGAUGUCGGUCCUGGGAAGCUCAUACCAUGGGAGUCCGUAUAUGUAAAACAUCAAGGAACGACCAACAUAUCAUUAGACGAAGGACAAAGUUUCUUCAACUUCAGUGAAACAAGACAGCUAGAAACUCCAGAAACGACCAAGAAACUCCAGAAAACACGAUUGACAACGAUAAUCAGCCAUCGCUAUUUGUUUAUCCUGAAGAAGGAUAUAGCUAUAACUCUUCCAGAACUCGAGCUUCACAUGGCCGUUGGCUUGCAUGAAAUCCAAGCAAAAAGAAUGAAACAUUUUACGAUUGAAUUCGUCGAGACUGGGCGACUAAAUUUUCAGGCAUUGAUUCCUACGUGCAGUCCAAACCAACUGGAUUACCAUCUUAUAUGUCCAAUAAAGAAAUUUCUUCGCGGCUUGGCAUCGGCUGGCUUUAAAACCAAGACCAGGAAACACUCGUUUUACAGAAAACGUGACAGCACAGUACAACAUGGGGGGAAGGACUGGUAGAAAAGCAGACCUUGAGCAACUUGCGUCGGAAAUGCGCUGCGCAAAAAAUGAAAAAAGUGAAAGACAUUUCAAAAGAGAAGAGUGGUUAUCGAAGACGCAAAUUGCAGGGGUUUUUUCACGACUUUCUGCCGCACGAAAAAGAUCCUCAAAUCAGAAUUCUUCCAAUGAAAACGUACACUCGGAUCCAGAUACAGAUGACGAAGAUGUAAUACGGGAAUCAGAACGGCUCAGUUUGCUUGAAGAAAUCAGAGACAGUAUAGGUCUACGACACCCAAUUGUAUACGAUGUAUAUGAUCUAUGCGACUAUUACCACAAAGAGAAAAUCGCGGUAUUCAAUAUUGCUAUGCUGAAAGAUAUACCAGACUACUUCGAAGUACUGUAUAGAUCUAAAGACCGAAAGUCGGAACUUGUUUGGUUGGUCGGAGAAAUCAUUCAAGAAUGCGAGUGUAGUCAGGAAAAACAUUGACUGAAAUAGUUGAUGCAGCAUAAUGACUAUUGCGCUGACCCCUAUUCCAAUAAUCGUUGCCGUAGCCAAAGCAACAGUUCACACUCGAAAGAUUGCAAAGGAUUCAAUAGUUUCUCCCGAAUUUGACGUACUCAUAGCAUAUGUAAAACAUAAUGACAGUGUAUUCAAGAUGUCAAAUACACUGGACGUGGAAAAAAAACAUUUGUCUGUAAAAGCAGUUAAAGAAUUGGAUAAAAUGUUCAAAACGCCCUAUGCACCAAAAAUAUCAAAAAGUCAGUAUUAGAGGUUUCUAGGUUAUAUACACCAUGUAUUAUAGAAAGUAGUGUUGUUUAUUAAGCCUGGUGUAUCUACCGUUCAGUUAAAAAAAUGAAGUGCAUGAAAUAAAAAGUUUUGGACAAUAAUCUGACUCAAUAUGAACGCGCAUUUAGGAAAUAAAAAAAAACUAAGUAUAUUGGCUGGAGCUGCUUUCCAACAUCUACCUAUCGAAAUUUGUCGUUUUGGAACUAAUUUUUUUCUUUAGCAGAUGAAUUUUACCUUUUGUGAUGCAUUCUGAAUGCGUAAUGAGCGAUUGUGAGGAUGUCACCUUUGGAAUUUUAAUUGAAUUAAAACAAAAAAUGUAAACAACACGCGCAUGAGCAGAACGGACUUGACUUCCACUUUAGAAUCAGACAAAGGACAUUUAGGAAUAGGUUUUUAACGUUUGUUGAUUUUUCAGCAAUAAUAGCGAGGCUAAUAAACAAAACAGGAGGGGCUGAUAUGCUUAUUGGAUUCUUGUGUCACACGCAGAAAUAGCUAAAAAAUACAAAAAUUGUCAACUUCUUGAUUUCUUAGAAAUGCCAUGUGCCGCAAAUUUUAUUGCGUAGACGUAUGGAAUAGCAUCCUAUCUGAAAGUUAAAAAGCGAUUUAGAACCUGGGCAGAUGAGAAUUCUGCAAUGUUUUUGGACCUACAAUUCUCGAAUUUGAUAUUAUGCGUUGAAGGGUCUCGAUUAGUAAUUUUUUUCAUUUGCCAGGUGCAACUAAACAGCUAUAUAUUACUGUUUCAUAGUAGAAAGAGAACUCUAGUGCAGCUCAGACACAAAAACGAAGCUCUGAUUAGCAGAGAAAAUAGAGCAAGCAGACUGUGAUUCUAGGCUUCGGAGAUUUCAGAAACCGGCAUAUUUUAAUUAACUUCGGUCCUGGGACAAAAACUCGCAUAGCGCUUGUAAAAACCACGUUAGAACGAUCUUAACUCCAGUUUCGUAGUUAGGAUAGAUGAGAGUAUCGACGGUAGAAAUAUAAGAGAAAUCUAUUUUUGAAGCCCAGAUCGAGUGGUCCGCUCUUACAGAGACGCCCUCUUAAGUGUGUCAGUGUGACAAUGUGGUGCUUUCUUCGUAAAGUAAAUGAUUUUACCAAACACUAGUGCAUAUCCGCUGGACUAUAUACGUUGGUAUGAAUAAUGUUUAUAUUUGUAACUGUGUCAUUAAUUUUCAUUUUCGAAAAUUGAUCUUUAUGUCUUUAUUUCUUGCAGACUAAAAUCAAAGUUUGUCAAAGAACACAUUGUUCUGAUUUGAUAUCGCAACUCAGUCAUAUUGUUGAUAUUCCAGCUCGUUGUGUAAGUAUUAUUAUACACACUGUAUAUAAAAACAGGGCCCCGGUUCGAUUCUUGCCAGAGAGCCUACAAUUGCAUUUCUCGCAAAUGCCCUUGGUUAGGUCUAAUAAAUGAAUAAAAUUCACACAGAUUGGGAAUUAACAAUUUCCUAUACCGGCAAGUUUUUCCUUGGUAUAUAGUCUCUUUUCAUAAAUGUGUAUUUUGAUUAUUAAUUUUUCAAAACUUCGUAUUGGGGGUAAGGUAAAUAACCCGGGUACACCUUGGAAAUCAUGCAGUAUUUGUUUUUUUUAAUAUAGCUUCUCUUGCUGCGUUCAAAAUACAGUAGAAUCUCUCAUAUAUAUGAUCCAAUAGAAGAGGUAUCACUGUCCUCCAACGAUGAAAUUCUUAUUGCGUAAGUAAAGUACAACAUAUAGAGAGUGAGAUACUGAAAAAUACACAGUGAGAUCUUUUCCAUAUAUUCACUAGUGAAGAUAUCGAUCACGUGACUUUUCCAAUUUGCUCUUGAGCGUGAAAUUUCGAAUUUUUUUUGCUUGGGUUGAAGAUAUGACUUUUAUCUUCUCGUGUUAAAAACAAUAUUUUACUCACUCGCUGCGCUCGUUCGUGAAAUAUUGUUUUCACCACUCGAAGAUAAAAGUCAUACCUUUGCGCCGCCGUGUAAUAUCAUCUAUGUAUUUUCCCAUGCCUGUGUUAAAACGGCGGUUUUCUGAUUGUUAAAAACGAAAAAGAUCAUAAGAACAUGUCUUUAAGAUUUGGGAUAGGUAUAUGCAUGUUCGCGAAAUAUAGUGUGAUAUAGUGGAAUACGUAUAUGUUCGCGAGAUAUGAGGUAUGAUACUGAGUUGAAUUAUUCUUCACAUAUCAAUUUAAUUUUGUAUUUGUGUGGUAUGGGAUUAAAAAACAAACAGGGAGGUUCGUCGAGGAUUGACACACUGCGAGAGGUUGGCAGCUUCCUGAACUCACCUCGCCUCGCUCGUUGUUACAAUUUUGUUGAGUGCAAUUUGGAUAUAAAACAUGCACGAGUGAGUUUUUCAAAGAGCAUGGCUAUUUGAGAUCUUUGAAAGAUUCACGAGUGCUUGUUUUUAUCACAUUGUUUAUCCACCAAUCAGAUCAGAUUAUUACAGAUUUUUUGCACGUUGUUCGGGAUUAACUGCACUAAAGUCAACCAUUCUCAAUCGAGUAACAUUUUUAUGUGUAUUAACAGAGUAACUGUAAUUUCAUUCUCUUAUCUAGCUGUGAGAUAGUGGUCUCAAAACAAGACGUUUCUUCAAGCAAUACGAAAGAUGAAAAUGCCUGUAGUGAAUCAUGUGAAAGCAAUUUUAAAAAGAACAUCGACAAACAUUGUAGUUAUGAUGUUGUUCAUAUUUCUGUUAUUCAGGUAUGACCAAAUGAUGUUACAAGUCAGUAAAUAAGGGGCUUAAGGUGAUUCAUCAGUCUUACGCACUUUUAUUGCACUUUUAUCGCGCUUAUCUAAUAAUAAAUUCUGGCUCCAAUUCUAGCUGUUUUGUUUCAUAAAUUACUUAUUCUUUUAGUUUCGACGUUUUAUUCAUCUAUUUGUUCUGUAUUUCAGAGAUUAACGCACAGUGUGACUGGCAAAUGUCACAAUUGCGGACUCGAAAAAUCUCCCCUAUCUUAUUGCUCAAAAUGUUGUAAAGUGGCAUAUUGUAAUAGGUAAUAAGAUUUUUAUUUACACAUAUUUUUUUUAUAAUAUUAUGAAUGUUUUAUCAACAUGUGUUAAUUGGAUAAGAAUUUCAUUCAAUCUGAUUUACAUAAAUGAAUGAUAUCGCUAAAAUCUAGUUGGCACAUUUAAGUAACACAUAUAGCAAUGUUUCAUACGGUAAAAGAAUUUGUCAACGUUCCAAUUUAAACGAGGUCGGAAAUGAUAGUUUUAUUUAAUACAAGGUUUACUGAUCUUAGAGCAGACUUUAUGUAUAAACUAAAUUCAAUAAAUCACUUGUUAAAACUAAAUAAAUCACUUGUUUCGUAUAAUAAUCAUGACUUGUUUAUGUAUGUGAUUGCGAUGGAAGACAAAUCCGUGGGGUCGUCAUUGGUAGCCAAGUAUUGCUUCGAUGUCCUAACAAAUUUUGAUCAAUUAUAACUAGCGAUAGAUGAACCAGGCGGAAAUCGUAAUCUUAAGAUAAAUAUUAAUGCAUGGCCAUCAUAAAAGUUAAAGUUAAGUUACGUUAAAGACGAAACGUUAGCUUUUUAAUAAAUAUUCUAAACUAUAUUUAUGUUAUGGCUCUUUUGCGUAUUUUAUGCUGGGCAUUAAUAAUUAUAACUAGUAUAAUUGUAAUUUUUUAUCUAGUCUCUUUGUAAAUUGAAUAUGUUUUUUAUUCUACUCUGGCAAAAUAGUGAAAUUCAUACUAUGGAAUUUUCGAUUACAUCAGUAAGCCAUUUAUUAGCGAUUCCCAGCAGCCUUUCUGCUCGUAUUCGACUGUUCCGCUUUGCUCGGGGGACAACCUUAAUUGAAAUAGCUGUAUCCAUACUAUUUCCAUACUAUAUCCAUAUUAUGGAGAUUGCAAUUUUGGAUUUCCAUAUUAUUUUCAACUAUAGAUCCAUACUAUUUCCAGUAUUGUGUUAUGUACCAGUACUGGUAGCUCUGUUUGUAUAAAGUUUGUUUAUAUAAAGCGCGUGCAGCCGAUCUGUAUCCGAUAUACAUAAAAAUAUUACUUGACUGUGAUUGGUUGAUUUCAGUGCAGUUAAUCUCAAACAGCGGUGGAAAAUUCUGUAACAACAGUGCAAAAAUCUGUAACAAACUGAUCUGAUUGGUCGGAAAAAACAAAUGGAAUCCAAAAUUGAACAAAACUAACAAAACUUGCAUAGUUGAGUGCAAAUCUCAAGCCGUUAGCAUUGUAUAAUUUGAUAUAACAAAGCAGGAAAACUCUGUCGGUGGACGGUUCGUUAAAAUCGUAAGUUACAGUAACAGCAAUUUUCUGGAACAUUUGUAUGUAUAUUAUUAAUCCGUAAUAUGAUGGUUUCUCGUGAAAUUCGGAUAAAACAAGCACUCGUGAGUUUUUCAAAGACCUCAAAUAGCACUCGUCCUUUGGACUCGUGAUAUUUUGAUGCUCUUUGAAAAACUCACCCGUGCAUGUUUUAACCAAAGUGCACACGAAACCAUGCUAUUACGUAUAUACUUAAACAUCGACAUAUAUAACAUUGUUAAGAGCUCAUGUUUAUAAAAUUUACUAAAUACAAAAGGUUUAAAAAAGCUUUAAUGCGUUUUUGUAUCCAUUUAACAAAUAUUUGCGCUAUCCAGUUUAUCAAUCAGUUUAUGUAUAUGAUGAAAGUCUUUUGAUAGCGUAUUUUAUGUGAAACUUAUUUUGGCAGGGAAUGUCAACGUAACAACUGGAAAUAUCAUCGUCAGUACUGCGAGUUCCAACCUUUCAUCAUUGGUACACCAUUUAUCAUCAGUAUAGACUCAUCUAAGGCAACGCUGGAUAAUCUCCAGAAGAAGGCAUUUUCCUAUGCGAGGUGAUUUACUGUACUUACCUAAAAAGAGGUUUAUUACGAAAAUGUCACGUAUCAUGUCACAUGUGACAAUGCCUUUUCACAUGUGAAGUGUUUUGACC